UACGAAAAAUGGCUGGCCUAAUUACAACCGCUGCAGCUCUGAUUCUGUCUGCAAUCUUCGUCUUCAUGUUCAAUUAUCAGAAGAAAUACAGAAAUCGCAAAUCAAUUAAACUGCCACCUGGCCCGAGAAAACUUCCUAUAAUCGGAAAUCUCCACCAAAUCAGCAAUCCUCUCUUCCGCUGUUUUAGAGAUCUAUCCAAUCAGUACGGCCCCAUAAUGCACCUCAAGGUCUGCGAGUCCAAGGGCGUCGUCGUCUCGUCUCCCGAUUUGGUGAAACAAAUCCUUAAAGAUCUCGACCACGUCUUCGCCGAUCGGCGGCAGCACGCCUUCUCCGAUAUCUUGAUGUACGGCCCGAGCGACAUCGUCUUCGGCCCCACCGGCGGCUACUGGCGCCAGAUGAGGAAGCUCUGCAUCAACGAGCUUUUGAGCCUUAAAAUGGUGCAGCUGUUCCAAUCCAUCCGAAGCGACGAGACGUCGCGGCUGAUCGAUUCGCUGCGGGAAUCUUCUGGAAGGGUCGUGAAUUUCACGGAGAAGAUCUUCUUCCACUCGAGCUCCGUCACUUGCCGGGCCGCGUACGGCAGCGUCUGCGAGGAUAGUGAGACGUUGAUCAAGCUGACGGCGGAUGCGAGUGCGUUGGCCUCGGGGUUUGAGAUCGCGGAUCUGUUUCCGUCGUGGCGGAUUGUUGGCGCGCUGAGCUGGACGAAGAGGCGGUUCAUGGCGAUGCGGCGGGAGCUCGAUGUGAUUCUGGAUGAUGUGAUCGAGCGGCAUAAGAGAAAUCGGGUGGAGAGUGAAGGCGGGGGAGGCCGGAGAUUGGGGAAUUCGGAGUUUGGGAGUGAGGAUUUGGUUGAUGUGUUUCUUAGGGUUCAGGAGGAAGGGCAACUGGAAUUUCCCAUCGAUAACGACAACAUCAAGGCUGUCUUGUUUGAUCUUUUCGUUGCCGGAACUGAUACUUCAGCAGGAACUAUUGACUGGACCAUAACAGAACUGUUGAGGCACCCUCAAGUGAUGGCAAAGGCACAAGCUGAAGUAAGACAAGCUCUAAAAGGAAAUAGUACUCAACAAAGCGACAUUGUUCAUAAUCUGAAAUAUCUUAAACUAGUGAUCAAAGAGACUAUGAGGCUGCACCCUGCGUUUCCGAUGGUAUCUAGAGCUUCCAAGGAGGAGCAAAUGAUCAAUGGAUACACCAUACCUGCUGGAGAAUGGGUGAUUGUAAAUAUUUGGGGAAUGCAUAGGGACCCGAGGUACUGGAAAGACCAAGAGAUGUUUAAGCCCGAGAGAUUCGAGGAUCAAUCUUUGGAUUUUGUAGAUGGUGAUUGUCAUUUUCUGCCGUUUGGAGCUGGCAAAAGAAUGUGCCCUGGCAUAACGUUUGGUUUGACUAACGUCGAGUUUACUUUAGCCCAAUUGCUCUACAACUUCGAUUGGGGACUUCCAGAAGGUGUCCGUGCCGAGGAUUUAGACAUGACUGAGAAUGAUGCGCUGACAGCACCAAGAAAACAAAAUUUAUCUGUGGUCGUCAGUCCAUAUAAUUAGUUUAACGUGUUGAGCAUAUCUAUAAGCUCAUUUAAGAGUUUUCACCGUUGUUUCUAGUUAGAACCACAUAUUAUAAUUAAAUAAAUCUAUAAAUAUGUAAGUCCCAUAAGAUUUAUCUAUGAAUUAGAUUAUUAUUGAAAUAUCUACCCCUCUAGAAUACUGUUACGGGACCUCCCUCAGCAAGGUUGAAGGAACGCGAGGUACAGCUGGAUGGAGAGAUCGACGCCGACACUAGUGUGCCGGCGGAAGAGAAGCAGACGGAGCCGGCGCGGUGUGGAGGAAGCUAUUAUUUAAUUUGAGUCUUUUAAUUUAUUGUAACUGAUUAGAAUAUUUUAUUUGGACUAAACUUUUCGUUGAGCGCUCGUUAAGCUCCUUUCCGGGUUUUCUUUGUUGAUUCUUUCCCGGAUCGUAGGUCGAAUCAAUCCUAGGGUCCUUAGUAUA